GCCGAAUCGCGCAAACGUCGUGUACCGCGGAGACUGCUCGCACAAGCCGCCACAUGCCCCCUCCGAUGGGGCUUGGAGUCGUCGCUGCCGCUGGGAAAAGCUGACGAGCUCCCUCUCUCCUACCGGUGGAAGGGGAGCGCAGACGAGCAGAGGACUACGGAAGGCGCGGGGCAGUGGCGGAGAGGCGCUGAUCGCGACUGGCGAGGGGUGGCUGGUGGCGCGCAAGCGUCGCAGGCAGAGCCGGAGCAGACGAGAAGGGCGGCAGUGCGUCGAGAGCUCCGGCUGGUGCGGCACUGCUGGACCGCGCGCUCCUUGUCGUGCUCGUCCUCGGCCUCGGCGGCGGCGGCGGCGGCGGCGGCGGCGGCGGGGCCCGAGAGUCAUGCCGGCUGGCGGGCGCCGGCUAUCAGGACCCGAAAACUCUCUCUCUGACUCGCCCUAGGAUCCACGCGGUCCAGUCGAGCAGCGUCAGCUCGUCGGCAUGGCAGACAGCGAGGGAGGCUCCGAGCAGGACGACGUCUCGUUCCUCCGCACGGAAGACAUGGUGUGUCUUUCGUGCACAGCCACCGGGGAACGAGUCUGUUUGGCUGCCGAGGGCUUCGGCAACCGCCACUGCUUUCUCGAAAACAUUGCCGACAAGAACGUGCCGCCAGACUUAUCGCAAUGUGUGUUCGUGAUCGAGCAAGCACUGUCCGUGAGGGCGCUGCAGGAACUGGUCACCGCUGCCGGCUCCGAGACGCAGCAAGACAACUUAGGGAAGGGCACUGGCUCCGGACACCGAACGCUGCUCUACGGCAACGCCAUUCUGCUGAGGCACCUCAACAGCGACAUGUACCUGGCGUGCCUGUCCACGAGUUCAUCGAACGACAAAUUGGCUUUCGACGUCGGCCUGCAAGAGCACUCGCAAGGGGAGGCCUGCUGGUGGACCGUGCACCCGGCCUCCAAGCAGAGGUCCGAGGGCGAAAAGGUGCGCGUGGGAGACGACCUGAUCCUGGUGUCGGUGGCCACCGAACGAUACUUGCACACAACGAAAGAGAACGACUUGUCGGUGGUGAACGCCUCGUUCCACGUCACGCACUGGUCGGUGCAGCCCUACGGCACCGGCAUCAGCCGCAUGAAGUACGUCGGCUACGUGUUCGGCGGCGACGUGCUGCGCUUCUUCCACGGCGGCGACGAGUGCCUGACCAUUCCCUCCACCUGGAGCAGCGCGCCCGCUCAAAAUUUGGUCAUAUACGAGGGCGGGAGCGUCAUGAGCCAGGCCCGCUCGCUGUGGCGACUCGAGCUCGCGAGGACCAAGUGGGCCGGCGGCUUCAUCAACUGGCUGCAUCCCAUGAGGAUCAGACACCUCACCACCGGGCGCUACCUCGCCGUCAAGGACAACAACGAACUCCACUUGGUCGACCGGAAGCAGGCUAACAUCGACACAUCGACCUUCUGGUUUCGGCAAGAGAAGGACGAUCAGAAGAUCGUGCUCGAAGAUAAGGAUCUGGAGGUGAUCGGAACGCCGAUCAUCAAGUACGGCGACUCCACGGUCAUCAUGCAGCACGCCCAUCUCUGCCUCUGGGUCUCCUACAAGAAGCCGGCGCGUAAAAAGUUCCAAGUUGCCACGCAGUCGUACGAGACGAAGAAGAAGGGCGUGGGCAAGGUGGAGGAGAAACAGGCGGUGUUGCACGAGGAAGGCAAGAUGGACGACGGUCUCGACUUCUCGCGAUCGCAAGAAGAGGAGUCGCGCACGGCCCGGGUCAUACGGAAGUGCAGCAGCCUCUUUUCCCAGUUCAUCUCAGGCCUAGAGAUGCUGCAAGAGGACAGGAGGGCCUCGAUAUUUUUCCAGAACGUGAAUCUGAACGAGAUGGUGAUGUGCCUGGAGGACCUGAUCAACUACUUCGCCCAGCCGGAAGACGACAUGGAGCACGAGGAGAAGCAGAACCGGUUCCGCGCGCUGCGCAACCGGCAGGAUCUGUUCCAAGAGGAGGGCAUCCUGAACCUGAUCCUGGAGGCGAUCGACAAGAUCAACGUAAUCACGUCGCAGGGCUUCCUCGUGGCGCUGUCGGGCGACGAGAGCGGCCAGGCCUGGGACCAGAUCUCGGGCUACCUGUACCAGCUGCUGGCCGCCAUCAUCAAGGGCAACCACACCAACUGCGCGCAGUUCGCCAACAGCAACCGGCUGAACUGGCUGUUCUCGCGGCUGGGCUCGCAGGCCUCGGGCGAGGGCACCGGCAUGCUCGACGUGCUGCACUGCGUGCUCAUCGACUCGCCCGAGGCGCUGAACAUGAUGCGCGACGAGCACAUCAAGGUCAUCAUCUCGCUGCUGGAGAAGCACGGCCGGGACCCCAAGGUGCUGGACGUGCUGUGCUCGCUGUGCGUGGGCAACGGGGUGGCGGUGCGCUCCUCGCAGAACAACAUCUGCGACUUCCUGCUGCCGGGCAAGAACCUGCUGCUGCAGACCCAGCUGGUGGACCACGUGGCGAGCGUGCGGCCCAACAUCUUCGUCGGCCGCGUGGACGGCUCGUCGCUCUACCAGAAGUGGUACUUCGAGGUGACGGUCGACCACAUCGAGCAGACGACCCACAUGGCGCCGCACCUGCGCAUCGGCUGGGCGAACACGGCGGGCUACAUGCCCUACCCGGGCGGCGGCGAGAAGUGGGGCGGCAACGGGGUCGGCGACGACCUCUACUCGUACGGCUUCGACGGCGCGCACCUGUGGACCGGUGGCCGGCGCAGCGAGCUGGCGGGCCCGGGCCCGGCCGCGGCCGACGGCCCGCCGGCGGACCCGUCCGCGGCGUCGCCGCCGCCGCCGCCGCACAUCCGCAAGGGCGACGUGAUCGGCUGCUCGCUCGACCUCGGCGUGCCCGUGAUCAGCUUCGCCUUCAACGGCGCGCCGGUGGCCGGCUCGUUCCGCGACUUCAACCUCGACGGCAUGUUCUUCCCGGUGAUCAGCUGCUCCAGCAAGCUGAGCUGCCGCUUCCUGCUGGGCGGCGACCACGGCCGGCUCAAGUACCAACCGCCCGCCGAGUUCUCGCCGCUGGUCGAGUCGCUGCUGCCCCAGCAGAUCCUCUCGCUGGACCCCUGCUUCUACUUCGGCAACAUGGCCAAGGUGGUGCUGGCCGGGCCCUGGCUCAUGGAGGACGACACGGCCUUCGUGCCCUGCCCCGUGGACACGUCGAUGGUCAACCUGGCGUCCUACGUCGAGCAGGUGCGCGACAAGCUGGCCGAGAACAUCCACGAGAUGUGGGCCAUGAACAAGAUCGAGGCGGGCUGGACGUACGGCGAGCAGCGCGACGACCUGCGCAAGAUCCACCCGUGCAUCGUGCCCUUCGACAAGCUGCCGCCGGCCGAGAAGCGCUACGACACCCAGCUCGCCGUGCAGACGCUCAAGACCGUGCUCGCGCUCGGCUACUACAUCAGCAUGGACAAGCCGCCGUCGCGCAUCAAGACGCUGCGCCUGCCGCAGGACCGCUUCACGCAGAGCACCGGCUACCGGCCGGCGCCGCUCGACCUCGGCGCCGUCAGCCUCACGCCCAAGAUGGAGGAGCUCGUCGACCAGCUGGCCGAGAACACGCACAACCUCUGGGCGAAGGAGCGCAUCGGCCAGGGCUGGACCUACGGCCUCAACGAGGACUCGGAGAUGCGGCGCAGCCCUCACCUCGUGCCCUACGCCAAGGUCGACGAGGCCAUCAAGAAGGCCAACCGGGACACCGCCAGCGAGACCGUGCGCACGCUCCUCGUCUACGGCUACAUGCUCGAUCCGCCCACCGGCGAGCAGCACGAAGCUAUGCUGAUGGAGGCCAGUCGUCAGCGGCAACAACAGUUCCGCACGUACAGAGUGGAAAAGCACUAUGCGGUGAGUAGCGGCAAAUGGUACUUCGAGUUCGAAGUAAUGACUGCAGGUCCAAUGCGCGUCGGCUGGGCCAAGGCCGACUGCGCGCCUGGCAGCAUGCUGGGUAGCGACGAAAAUACCUGGGCCUUCGACGGCUAUAACGAGGAAAAAGUGUAUUCAGGCACUGCCGAGACUUUCGGCAAGCAAUGGCAGGUCGGCGAUGUUGUCGGCGUUUUCUUGGAUCUGAUUGACCGAACGAUCAGUUUCUCGCUGAACGGGGAGUUGCUGAUGGACGCGCUGGGCGGCGAAACGUCGUUCGCCGACGUGCAGGGCGACUGCUUCGUGCCGGCCUUCACUCUGGGCGUCGGCCAGAGGGCCAAGCUGACCUUCGGCCAGGACGUCAACACGCUCAAGUUCUUCACGACCUGCGGCCUGCAGGAGGGCUACGAGCCGUUCUGCGUGAACAUGAAUCGGCCGGUGACCUACUGGUACACCAAGGACCAGCCGAUCUUCGAGAACACCGACGACAUGGCGGACACGCGCAUCGACGUGGCGCGCAUACCCGCGGGCUCGGACACGCCGCCCUGCCUCAAGAUCUCGCACAACACCUUCGAGACCAUGGAGAAGGCCAACUGGGAGUUCCUGCGGCUAUCGUUGCCGAUCAUCUGCCAGUCGAGCUUUAUCAGCGAGGCGGAGAAGCAGCACCGCUGGCAGGAGAUCAAGAUACGCCAGAACCGGCUGCUCGAGGACCAGGCAAUCCAGGACCAGCAUACCCAGCCGUCCGCCCACAUGGAGCAGAUCAUGAGGUCUGGCUUUAGUAUGAGCGACAUCAAAGGUAUGACCGAUCUCCAGCGUAACUAUGCGGAAGAGGCCCAGGAACUGGACGAAAUGAUGCGCGAAUCGCCGCUGCCGAUGCAGCGCAGACCAGCCAGGCCUCCCCGUCGCGGCUCGCUCUCGGGCUCGCGCAAUCUCGCUGGUAGCGACGGCGAAGUCAAUAGCUACGGCGACAUGAACGGAGAUGCCAAGGAUGAUAAGAAGAAGCGCGGACGUUCGCCAUUCCGCCGACCUAGCCAACAAAUGGAAGACAUCAUUACCGAAUUCUUCUCCCGGAAAGUCAAGUCCCCGGAGGCAAAGUCGAAAACGCCAGAGCCAGCGGCUCGCGGGGAGCCGGAGAGGAUAGCCAAGCCGGCGCCCAUCGGCAAGGCGGCCGCCGCUCGCUCGGCCACCGUUCGGGUUUCGACUAGCGAUCUGAAAGUGGUGCCGCCGCAGAUCCCGGAGCGGAGCGGACCGAAGGCCAUGUCGGUGCUGUCGGGCAGCGGCGUGGAGGCGAUCGGCAACGAAAUUUACGACGCCGACUGCCUGAAGCUGAUGAACGAGUACUUUUACGGGGUGCGCAUAUUCCCGGGACAGGAUCCCACGCACGUGUACAUCGGUUGGGUGACCUCGCAGUACCACCUGCACACGAAGGACUUCAAUUUGUCGAAAGUGCGCAAGGUGUCGGUGGUGAUCGUCGACGAGUACGACCGGCCGAUCGAGCAGGUCGAUCGGCAGAGCUGCUACAUGGUACGCGCGGACGAGCUGUACAACGAGGUGACGCAAGACGCCUCGGGCAAAGGCGCGUCGCAGGGCAUGUUCGUGGGUUGCUUCGUGGACACGGCCACGGGCUGGGUGUCGUUCACGUGCGAGGGCAAGGAGACCAGCCACAAGUACAAGAUGGAGCCCGACACCAAGCUCUUCCCGGCCAUUUUCGUGGAGGCCACCAGCAAGGAGAUACUGCAGAUCGAGCUCGGGCGCACCUCCACCACUCUGCCGCUCUCGGCCGCGGUGCUGCAGAGCUCCGAGCGGCACGUCACGCCGCAGUUCCCGCCGAGGCUCAAGGUCCAGUGCCUCAAGCCCCACCAGUGGGCCCGCGUGCCCAACCAGUCGCUCCAGGUGCACGCCCUCAAGCUCUCCGACAUCCGGGGCUGGUCCAUGCUCUGCGAGGACGCCGUCUCCAUGCUCGCGCUGCACAUCCCCGAGGAGGACCGCUGCAUCGACAUCCUCGAGCUCAUCGAAAUGGACAAGUUGCUCAGCUUCCACUCGCACACCCUCGUGCUCUACGCGGCCCUCUGCUACCAGUCCAACUUCAGGGCGGCUCACGCGCUCUGCCAGCACGUCGAUCAGAAACAGCUGCUCUACGCCAUCCGCGCCGAGUACAUGUCCGGGCCGCUUCGUCAGGGAUUUUACGACUUGCUCAUCGCCCUGCACCUCGAGUCCCACGCCACGACCAUGGAGGUCUGCACCAACGAAUACAUCAUUCCGCUAGGUCAAGAGCUGAAAGACUUGUACGAGAACGAGGAAAUGAAACACAGUCUCAGGUAUCUAGAAACGGAGUCAGUAAGACCCCAAAUGAAAAUGACCGACAUCAGGCUCAUUCCUUCUAGCGAGAGUCAGUCCAUCGAGAACAUACGCAGCCUCUAUAGUCCGUACUUCCCGCUAAGCAUCGUCAGGGACUACGUCAUGAUGGCCCUCAACGAAGCCGUUGAAAUUAAUCAAGUUCACAACAGAGAUCCCAUUGGUGGCAGCAACGAAAACUUGUUUUUGCCCCUUAUCAAGUUGGUCGACAGACUGCUGCUUGUUGGAAUGCUGCAAAACGAAGACAUACAAAAGUUGCUCACCAUGAUUCAUCCGGAGACCUGGGAUCCAACCUUCGACAAAGAGGGCAAAGACGAGCACAGAAAAGGCCUGAUGCAUAUGAAAAUGGCAGAGGGAGCGAAACUUCAAAUGUGCUACCUACUACACCAUUUGAACGACAUUCAGUUGCGUCACAGAGUAGAGUCAAUCGUAGCUUUCAGUCACGACUUUGUCGGCGACCUUCAGGCGGAUCAAUUGAGACGCUAUAUAGAGAUCAAACAGUCGGAUUUGCCAUCGGCAGUUGCCGCAAAGAAGACUCGCGAGUUCCGAUGUCCACCUCGUGAGCAAAUGAAUGCCAUACUUAGCUUCAAGAAUAUGGAGGAAGAUGACCCCGAUAACUGCCCUUGCGGCGAGGAUCUGAUCGUCAAGAUGAACGAAUUUCAUAGCAAUCUCAUGUCCUAUGUAAGUUUGCAUGCAUUGCAAGAAGCCGAAGGAGGUGGCGAGGGUGAAGGUGACGAAGAGAAGCCCGGAGCGAUAAAGAAGCUUUUGAACUUCAUUCAUCACGUGAAAGAGUUAGAAGAAGACCCCAAACCUGAACCCGAGCCCGUACGAAAGACGCCAGAAGAGAUAUUUCGAAAGGUGCUGAUAUCGACUAUAGUGAGCUGGGCGGAAGAAUCACAAAUCGAAACCCCGAAGCUCGUUCGCGAAAUGUUCAGCCUGUUGGUUCGUCAAUACGACACGGUUGGUGGGCUGAUAAGGGCGCUGGAGAAGACAUACGUGACUAACAACAAAACUAAAGAGGACGUGGCAGAGAUGUGGAUCGGGCUUAGUCAAAUUCGUGCUCUGCUUCCCGUGCAGAUGUCGCAGGAAGAGGAGGAGCUAGUCCGUGAGAGGCUAUGGAAGCUAGUCAACAAUCACACCUUCUUCCAGCAUCCGGACCUGAUACGCGUGCUUCGUAUCCAUGAGAACGUGAUGGCCAUCAUGAUCAAUACGCUAGGCAGGCGAGCCCAGGCUCAAUCGGAUGCACAAGUGCAGGCUCAAACGGUGGAAGGCGGCGAGACACCGGCUAAAGAAAAAGACACUUCUCAUGAGAUGGUCGUCGCUUGCUGCCGCUUUCUCUGCUACUUCUGCAGAACCUCCAGGCAGAAUCAGAAGGCCAUGUUCGAUCACUUUGACUUCUUACUGGAGAACAGUAACAUUCUGCUGUCGAGACCAUCUCUCCGAGGCUCUACGCCUCUAGAUGUGGCCUACUCGUCGCUCAUGGAGAACACUGAACUUGCGCUCGCUCUUCGAGAGCAUUAUCUCGAAAAAAUCGCCAUCUACCUAUCCAGAUGUGGCUUGCAAUCCAACUCGGAAUUAGUCGAAAAGGGCUACCCCGAUCUCGGCUGGGAUCCAGUCGAAGGAGAACGUUACUUGGAUUUUUUGCGGUUCUGUGUCUGGGUCAAUGGCGAGAGUGUCGAGGAAAAUGCCAACUUGGUCAUUAGGUUAUUGAUCCGCCGCCCAGAAUGCCUUGGCCCAGCUCUGCGAGGCGAAGGCGAAGGCUUGCUCAGAGCCAUCAUAGAUGCCAACAAAAUGUCGGAAAUCAUUACCGAUAGAAAUAAGCACGUUCAACAGUUACAUGAUGAGGGCAACGGUAACGGUGUAUUACAAUUUGAGCAUCCAUUCCCGGAAUCUGACGAAGAUGAAGAUUACAUCGACACUGGAGCGGCAAUUCUCAAUUUUUACUGUACGCUGGUGGAUCUUCUUGGACGAUGUGCUCCCGAUUCGUCAGUCAUUGAACAAGGAAAAAACGAGUCUCUGCGUGCAAGAGCCAUUCUGCGAUCUUUAGUCCCAUUAGACGAUCUCCAAGGAGUACUGUCCCUUCGAUUUACAAUACUGAAUCCGGCUGUUGGAGAGCCCAGACCGAAAAGUGACACGCCAUCCGGUUUGAUCCCAGGUCACAAACAGAGUAUCGUGCUGUUUUUGGAACGAGUAUACGGUAUAGAGACGCAAGAGCUGUUUUUCAAAAUUUUGGAGGAGGCCUUUUUGCCCGAUCUCAGGGCAGCUACAAUGCUUGAUAGGAAUGACGGUUACGAGUCCGAUAUGGCAUUAGCUAUGAACCGAUACAUCGGGGUGAGCAUUCUACCACUGCUCAUUAAACAUUCAAAGUUCUACAGCGAGGCAGAUAACUACGCGAGUUUGUUGGAUGCUACUCUUCACACUGUUUAUCGUCUCAGUAAAAAUCGAAUGCUCACCAAAGGUCAACGUGAAGCCGUAUCCGAUUUUCUCGUAGCUCUAACAAGCCAAAUGCAGCCAGGCAUGCUGUUGAAGCUUCUGCGCAAACUGACCGUUGAUGUUUCCAAUUUAUCGGAGUAUACGACUGUUGCUUUGAGGCUAUUGACCAUGCAUUACGAACGCUGCGGAAAAUACUAUGGUUCAACUAGUAGCCAGAGCUUGUACGGUGCAUCAAGCGACGAAGAAAAACGUUUAACCAUGGUUCUAUUUAGUAACAUAUUUGAUUCACUGUCGAAAAUGGACUAUGAUCCAGAACUAUUCGGUAAGGCUUUGCCGUGUUUGACGGCCAUUGGAUGUGCUUUACCGCCGGAUUACACCCUCUCCAAAAAUUACGAUGACGAAUGGUACGGAAGUAAAUCAGCUUCCACGCAGUCACCAGACGGACCUUACAAUCCGCAGCCCAUAAAUACCUCCAACAUUGUAUUGGAUAACGAUCUAAAUCAAAUAGUUCAAAAGUUCUCGGAGCACUAUCACGAUGCUUGGGCUAGUCGCAAAUUGGAAAAUGGCUGGAACUAUGGCGAACAAUGGUCGGACAUGAACAAAACCCAUCCGCGUUUGAAGCCAUACAACACGCUGAACGACUACGAAAGAGAACGUUACAAGGAACCCGUUCGGGAAAGCUUGAAAGCUCUACUUGCCAUUGGCUGGACUGUUGAGCACGCGGAACUCGAAGUUGCUUCAACGAGUCGCAAUUCGCUCAGGAGAGCCUCCAAAAGUCAACAAGAUACGUCAAAUCCACACAACUAUAAUCCUCAUCCGGUGGACAUGACGAAUCUGACGUUAAGCAGGGAAAUGCAAAACAUGGCCGAACGUUUAGCCGACAAUGCUCACGACAUUUGGGCUAAGAAGAAAAAGGAGGAAUUAUUGAAAGAUGGAGGAGAAGUUCAUCCGCAGCUGGUCCCGUAUGACCUUCUGACGGACAAGGAAAAGAGGAAAGAUCGCGAACGUUCUCAAGAAUUCCUAAAGUACUUGCAGUAUCAGGGUUACAAACUUCAUAAACCCAACCGCGGAGGCACUGAGACGGAAGUAGCCGGCGCUGGAGCUGCUGUGGAACUUCGCUUCGCCUACUCCCUGUUAGAGAAACUCAUAGCGUAUCUGGACAAAGCGACGAUCAACAUGAAACUGCUGAAGCCAUCGGACACGUUCAGCCGAAGAGUCAGCUUCAAGACUUCCACGCGAGAUAUCAAAUUCUUCAGUAAGGUGGUAUUGCCGCUGAUGGAAAAAUACUUCAGCACACACAGGAACUACUUUAUCGCUGUUGCAACGGCAACCAACAACGUUGGAGCGGCCUCUUUGAAGGAGAAGGAGAUGGUUGCCGCGCUGUUCUGCAAGCUUGCCAGUCUGUUACGAUCGCGAAUGGCUGCGUUUGGCGCCGACGUUCGUAUAACAGUGAGAUGUCUCCAAGUGCUGGUCAAGGGAAUCGACGCCAAAUCGCUGGUGAAAAAUUGCCCCGAGUUCAUCAGGACAUCGAUGCUGACUUUCUUCAAUAACACCGCGGACGAUCUCGGUCACACGAUUCUUAAUCUUCAAGAGGGCAAAUACAGUCACCUUCGCGGAACGCAUCUGAAGACUUCGACAUCCCUGUCCUACAUCAACAGCGUGGUGCUGCCUGUGUUGACGGCGAUGUUCGAUCACCUGGCCGCUUGUGAAUACGGGAGCGAUCUUUUGCUGGACGAGAUCCAAGUGGCAGCGUAUAAGAUGCUGGCAUCGCUGUACACAUUGGGCAUUGACCCGACAUUGACCCACGAUCGCAAGUAUCUGAAGACUGAAAUCGAGCGCAACAAGCCGAAUCUCGGCUUGUGCCUCGGCGCAUUUUCCAGCUGUUUCCCCGUAGCGUUCCUCGAGCCCCAUCUCAAUAAACAUAAUCCAUUCUCGCUGCUGAAUCGCAUAGCGGACCACUCGCUAGAGGCGCAGGAUAUAAUGACACGCAUGGAGUCGAGCAUGCCCACUCUGGAGAGUAUCCUUGGAGAGGUAGAUCAGUUUGUCGAGUCGGAGAAGAGCUACGUGGACGCACCGCACAUUGUGGACGUAAUCCUGCCGCUGCUGUGCGCCUACCUGCCGUUCUGGUGGGCUCAGGGCCCGGACAACGUGAACCCCACUGAGGGCACCUACCUGAGCAUGGUCACCAGCGACCACAUGAACCAGCUACUGAAGAACGUGUUGAAGCUCAUCAAGAAGAACAUCGGCAACGAGAACGCGCCGUGGAUGACGCGGAUAGCCGCGUACACGCAGCAGAUCAUCAUCAAUUCGUCGGAGGAGCUGCUGAAGGAUCCGUUCCUGCCGUUAGCCGAGCGUGUGCGCAAACGCACCGACAAUAUGUACCACAAGGAGGAGUCGAUGCGCGGCUUCAUCAAGUCAUCGACCGACGACACUUCGCAGGUCGAGGCUCAGAUUCAGGAGGACUGGCAGCUGCUGGUGCGCGACAUAUACUCCUUCUAUCCUCUGCUCAUUAAGUACGUGGACCUUCAGCGCAACCACUGGCUGCGCAACAACAUUCCCGAGGCCGAAGACCUGUACAACCACGUGGCCGCCAUCUUCAACACCUGGUCCAAGUCGCAAUACUUCCUCAAGGAGGAGCAGAACUUCAUUUCGGCCAACGAGAUCGACAACAUGGUGCUGAUCAUGCCGACCGCCACACGGCGCACCACCACCAUUAGCGACGGUUCGGCGCCCUCCGGCGGUGGUAAGAAGAAGAAGAAGCACCGCGACAAGAAGCGCGACAAGGAUAAGGAGGUGCAGGCCUCGCUGAUGGUGGCCUGCCUGAAGCGCUUGCUGCCGGUGGGCCUCAACCUCUUCGCCGGCCGCGAGCAGGAGCUCGUGCAGCACUGCAAGGACCGCUUCCUCAAGCGCAUGGCCGAGCAGGACAUCGCCGAGUUUGCCAAGACCCAGCUCACCCUGCCCGACAAGAUCGAUCCCGCCGACGAGAUGUCCUGGCAGCACUACCUCUAUUCCAAGCUUGGCCAGCAAAAGGACGUGGUCGAGUUCACCAAAACCCAGCAGGUUGACGAGGUUGUCGCCAGGAUCACCGACAUGGCCAAAGUGCUCUACGGCUUGCACAUGAUAGAUCAUCCACAGCAGCAAAGCAAGAGUAGCUAUCGCUCGGUGGUUUCCAUACAGCGGAAGCGAGCCGUGAUUGCUUGCUUCCGACAAACUUCCCUACAUUCCCUGCCCAGACACCGGGCAAUUAACAUUUUCGUGAGGACUUAUUACGAGCUGUGGCUGCAAGAUGAAAAUGUAGGACAGGAAAUAAUGAUUGAAGAUCUGACGCAAACGUUUGAGGAUGCCGAAGAUGCGAAAAAAGCCGACAAGGAGGAAGAGGAAGGCAAGCCAGAUCCGCUAACGCAAUUAGUGACGACCUUCUGUCGGGGUGCAAUGACUGAGCGCUCGGGUGCUCUUCAGGAAGAUCCACUGUAUAUGAGCUACGCUCAGAUCAUCUCCAAGUCUUGCGGCGAAGAGGAAGAGGAAGGUGACGAAGAAGGUGGUGGUGGCGAAGAAGAGAGCACCGGCAGCAUUCAUAAGCCAAUGCAAAAACUCAUGGAACAAGAAAUCGAAAAGCAAAAGUUGCUUUUCAAUCAAGCUCGGCUGGCGGACCGUGGAGUGGCUGAGAUGGUGUUGCUACACAUAUCCGCGUGCAAGGGCAUCCCCAGCGAGAUGGUGAUGAAGACCCUCCAGCUGGGCAUUUCUAUCUUGCGAGGCGGUAAUAUCGACAUUCAGCGGGGGAUGCUCAACCACCUGAAAGAGAAGAAGGACGUGGGUUUCUUCACGUCGAUCGCCGGCCUGAUGAACAGCUGCAGCGUGCUCGAUCUGGACGCCUUCGAAAGAAAUACCAAAGCCGAGGGCCUGGGCGUCGGCUCGGAGGGCGCAGCCGGCGAGAAGAACAUGCACGACGCAGAGUUCACCUGUGCGCUCUUUCGUUUCAUUCAGCUGACGUGCGAGGGUCACAAUUUGGAUUGGCAGAAUUACCUGAGAACGCAAGCGGGCAACACGACCACCGUGAACGUAGUCAUCUGCACCGUCGACUACCUGCUGCGUCUUCAAGAAUCCAUCAUGGACUUUUACUGGCAUUACUCGAGCAAAGAGCUUAUCGAUCCAGCUGGCAAAGCUAAUUUCUUCAAAGCCAUUGGCGUGGCCAGCCAGGUGUUCAACACCCUGACCGAGGUGAUACAGGGCCCGUGCGCCCAAAACCAGCAGGCGCUCGCCCACUCGAGGCUGUGGGACGCUGUGGGUGGCUUCCUCUUUCUAUUUUCCCACAUGCAGGAUAAGCUGUCGAAGCACUCAAGCCAGGUGGAUCUGCUCAAAGAACUGCUCAACCUGCAGAAAGACAUGAUCACAAUGAUGCUGUCUAUGCUCGAAGGAAACGUGGUCAACGGCACCAUCGGCAAGCAGAUGGUGGACACUCUGGUCGAGUCGGCCGGCAAUGUUGAACUGAUCCUCAAGUACUUCGACAUGUUCCUGAAGCUAAAGAGCCUGGUGUCGUCGGCCUUCGCGGACGCAGACGACGGCUGGGUAUACCCCAAAGACUUCAAGGAGAAAAUGGAGCAAACGAAAAACUACACCGACGAGGAGAUGGAGUUUCUACUGGCGUGCUGCGAGGUCAAUCACGACGGCAAGAUCAACUACAUCACGUUCAUGGAACGCUUCCACGAGCCUGCGAAGGAGAUCGGCUUCAAUUUGGCGGUGCUGCUAACCAAUUUGUCGGAGCACAUGCCCAAUGAGCCUCGGCUGGCUCGCUUCCUCGAGACCGCCCAGUCGGUGCUGAGCUACUUCGAGCAAUUCCUCGGCAGGAUCGAGAUCCUCGGCAGCAACAAGCGCAUCGAGCGCGUCUACUUCGAGAUCAAGGAGUCCAACAUCGAGCAGUGGGAGAAGCCGCAGAUCAAGGAGUCGAAGCGGGCCUAUUUCUACAGCACCGUGGUUGACUCGGACGAGAAGGAGAAGUUGGAGACGUUCAUAAACUUUUGCGAGGACGCGAUCUUCGAGAUGCAGCACGCGAGUGCGCUGAUGGCGGUGGAGGAAAGCGGCGGUGGUAGCAAGGCCAAGGAGUCGUCGUACACGUACCUCAGCGACGAGGACGAGGAGAAGAAGGAUCCGUUGAGGCGCAAGGUGCAGGCGUUCAAGGACGGUGUCUACUAUUUCUUCUCCAUGCUCUCGCCGAGCAACAUCAAGAACAAGAUCGGCGAGCUGCAGGCCAUGUCCAUCCCCGAGAUCGUCGUUGGCUUCUUCAAGAUGAUCUUCUACGCCUGCUACUACUCGGGUUUCGGCGUCGCCUCGCUCGUCGCCUACUUCAUGAAGAUGCUGCUCAGCCUAAUGCGCGGCCCCAGCGUCGAGGAGCCCGUCCCCGAGGUCAAGGACGACGACAUCCGCACCUCCAGGCACCUGCCCGCCUUGCCGCCCACUCCCGACGAGUCGCAGCUGCAGGUGCAGGCCUUCGGAAUGGACAUCACCCGCGAGGAGGGCCAGAUCAAGCUGGCCGCCCACGAGUCCGUGGCCUCGAGCGCCCAGUCGAGUCCCGAGGAGACCGGCGAGAGCACUCCCGAGGAGGGCGCCGCCGACGAGAAGCAGCGCGCCUCCAGCGACGCCGCCGCCGAGACAGAACUACCGCUCACGCUGGCCGACCUUCUCGGCGGAGAGCAGGCGAGGGCGCAGGCGGUGGCUGCGGCCGAGGCGGUGGCGGCACAGCAGGCGGCCAUGGCCGCGGUCGAAGCCGAGGCCAAGCAAGAGGUGAUCGCCGAACCUUCCGCCGCCUCCUCCAUCAACUUCACCGAGUACGGCAUGCGCGUCAUCUCCUUCCUCGCGCGGAACUUCUAUACCCUCAAGUACUGCGCCCUCAUACUCGCAUUCUUCAUCAACUUUAUGCUGCUCUUCUACCAGGUGACCGUUUUCGGCGAAGAGAACGGUAACGGCGCCGACGAAGUCGAUGCCAUGGCCGAUCUGCUCAGCGAAAUGUCCGGCGACAACGGCUCCGGUUUCGACGCCGAAUCGGGCUCCGGCUUCGAAUUUGCUAGCGGGGAUGGCGAGGACGAAGGCGAAGAAGAGGAUCCCCUCGAGUUGGUCGAAGUGCCAACUGAUUACUAUUACAUCGCUUACGCCAUGAGGUUACUCGCCGCCACUCACUCCAUCAUUUCACUGGCGAUGCUGGUAGCUUACUAUCACCUCAAGGUACCUCUGGCGAUUUUUAAACGAGAAAAGGAAAUCGCUCGAAUGGUCGAGUUCGAAGGACUUUACAUCGAGAACCAACCAGAAGAUUAUGACAUGAAAGCCAUUUGGGAUAGGCUGGUUAUUUCGGCAAAGACCUUCCCGGUCAAUUACUGGGACAAGUUUAUCAAGAAAAAAAUUCGGCAAAAGUACAGCGAGACGUACGAUUACGAGCUGAUCGAUGCAUUGGUUGGCUCGGAAAAGACUACGAUGGUUCAGGAGGAAGGCUCCGGUAUAAUGCACUUUAUUAUGAACAUUGACUGGAGAUACCAACUUUGGAAAGCCGGUGUAACAAUAACCGACAAAGCCUUUCUGUACAGCGCUUGGUAUUUUAUAAUGUCAGUCUUUGGCAAUUACAACAACUUCUUUUUCGCGGCCCACUUGCUAGACGUGGCAGUAGGUUUCAAAACACUGCGCACGAUCUUGCAGUCGGUAACGCACAACGGCAAACAACUGGUGCUCACAGUUAUGCUCUUGACUAUUGUCGUCUACAUAUACACUGUCAUUGCUUUCAAUUUCUUCCGAAAGUUUUAUAUACAGGAGGAGGAUGAAGACGUCGAUAAAAAAUGCCACAGCAUGAUGACGUGUUUUGUCUUCCACCUGUACAAAGGAGUCAGAGCUGGAGGAGGUAUUGGCGAUGAAAUCGGCGAGCCCGAUGGCGACGAAUACGAAGUCUGGCGUAUUUUGUUUGACAUAACUUUCUUCUUCUUUGUCAUCGUCAUCUUGCUAGCUAUAAUUCAAGGUUUGAUCAUCGAUGCUUUUGGUGAGCUUCGUGAUCAACUGGAGAGCGUCAAGACUAACAUGGAGAGCAUGUGCUUUAUAUGUGGACUCGGCAAGGAGUACUUUGACGCGGUACCGCACGGUUUUGACACGCACGUUCAGAAUGAGCACAACCUCGCCAAUUACAUGUUCUUCCUCAUGCAUCUUAUCAAUAAGCCGGACACGGAGCAUACUGGUCAGGAGACGUACGUCUGGAAAAUGUAUCAGCAAAGAUGCUGGGACUUCUUCCCAGUGGGAGAUUGCUUCCGGAAGCAGAAUGAAGCCGUGGAAGAGAAAUAACGACUCUCAGCAACACACAGAGCGAUCUUUUGUAUUAUAUUUUUCAAUUUACCUAGCAAGCAAGACUUUUUCACGAGAAUUCAGAGGAGGGAGUCGCGCCGUUUGCCGACCGAGUCUUCUCGUUCAGCUAUUGCAAGCCUCUCC